AUGCAACGCGUACCGUCUGCUGACCGUGUGGCUUCUGCCUUACGCAGUCGGUUUGCGGUAAACGACACAAAUUCCCCUGAUGAGCCGUACGUAACGUUGGAUAAUAAUGCUGAGGGGGCCACACGCAGUUCGCAGCUGCUUGAAUACGCGGGCCCCGUUGUAUUGCCUCUUUCGACCACACAGGAUUCCAUAGCAAGAAGAAUCAAUUUCUUUAAGAAAUGGUAUUUAUUGAUGCAUGUAACUUAUAUAUUUUCUAUUGCAUGCAUUGGUUCCCUUUUAUUUUACGUGAUGGAGGACGAGCUUGCGUACAUUGACGCAUUCUUUAUCGCCAUUUCUUCUGUCUGUUGUUGUGGGUUGCAGACUGUUGAUGUUGCGACAUGGAAGAAGAGCACAAAUAUUUUGCGACACUUCCUUAUGAUUGGAGGAGGGAUGGUUUUUACCAGUGCCCAUCAGCCGCUACUGCGAAUAUGGAUGCUUAAUAAGAUGUGGCCUUUGCUUGAACCACAUCGUGAUGACUUGUUUUUAGAAGGGAGAUUGCGUGCCUCAAGACGCAAGUACGCCCAGAGACUUUGGCACACCUCUGUCAUUUGCCUCCUGACACCGUUAUUGUACUUUGGUAUAGUAAACGUCACACUUAUUUUUCUUCUUGCCGUAUUUAAUCAAUCUAAUUUGAGUUUUCUGGAGAUUGUUGAAAUGGCCAUUGCCUCCUUUCACGGUUCUGUUUUCCUACCAAUGGAGCAAUACGUUAGAGACCCCGCCGUAGUGCUGACGGUAACAAUAGGGUGUGGACUGGGAUUUACAUUGUUUCCAGUGGUCUUGCGUGGUUUUUUAUACGCGGAGUGGUUUACUUUUCGCCUUGUGAGGCGUGUCCGCAGGCGACUGUUACCGUCACCACACACAGAUCUUGAAAGCCCAUUGGCAGCUCCACUGAGCGAGGAUUUUCCUCUUCUCUUUAGCCUACAGGAACGCGAGGGAGAUGUUCUCCCUCACGAAUUUGAUGCGGUGGAUGAUAUGUUGCAUGUGAAUGCUUGGGACAAGGGAUUUCGUGACAUUUUAAAAAAUAAACACCCUGUUUCAUUUCACGCCUUUUUAUUUGUGCGCAGCGAGACUUUUUAUCUUGGGGUGGCGUGGUGUGUCAUCACCCUGGCACAGUCUAUCCCUUUUUGGGUUCAGCAAUGGAGCGGGGAUGGGUUGCUCGCUCCGUUUCCCACAGCAUAUAAAAUAUUUCUUUCCGUCUGUCAGGCAGCUGUUGUGCGAUUUGCUGCUGCUUCAUUUAUUUCAUGUCUGGAUUACAGCAACGCACAUAUUGCCAUUACGAUUUUUUGCAUGUUUUUGCCUGCACUUCCUAUUCCUACAGAUCGUACGUACAGGAAAUGGAAGCAGGUAUUUAGUGCCUCCAUGGUGCGGCUUUUCACCUCCCGACUUUUUUGCUUGUUUUUGGCCAUUUUGUGUCUUCUUUUUGGGGAGGAGGGAUGGCUGACUCAGGAGUUAAAGGACUCGCGUUUUGAUGUCAUGACACGUUCAUUCUUUGAGGUGAUCAGUGCCUUUGCGGGUUGUGGAUUAUCGUUGUCGAUUCCAGGGACGAGAGUAUCUUUUGUUGGUUCUCUCGGAAUGUUUAGUAAACUGGUCGUCGCUGCUGUGAUGCUUGGUGGCCGCCACCGUACAGUGGAUCUGGGGAUUGACCUGGGGUUCUCUGUACUUCAAGCGGAUCAAAAAAUGCCAUGCAGUGUUGCGAGACGUGUUUCUCAGUCCUCACCUACGCAAAUAAACGGCAUCUAA